AUGCCGCCCGGCCGCCGCCCGUCCACGGCACCCCCCCUUCUCUUCUUCCUCUCCCUCCUGUUCCUCAUCCAUCUCCUGCGCCGCCUCCCCCACACGCGCCGCCAACACGACCUCCCGCUGGUCCUCCGCGCCGCUACGCCCCUCUUCACCUACGCCAUCUCCACGGCGCGCAACGUCCACGGCAACCGCUGCGCCGUCCUGCGCUGCCUCCCCCCCGCGAAAUCCCCCGUCGUCUCGCUUCGCACCGUCUGCGACAUCGUCACCCUCACCGCCGUCCCCAAGACCACCCCGCCCGCCACCCACCUCUGCGUCCUGCACUACCUCGUGCGCCACUGGGACGCCCUCUCGCGCACCUACAACGACGGCCUCUUCCACGUCUCCCCCGCCAUCCUGCUCCGCCACGACCCGGUCCUCCUGCCGACCUUCUCCGACCCACUGCAUUUCCCGCUCGCGGCCAACGCCCGCUCCAUCUCGCCCGACUGGUUCUCCGUCUUCCCGUCCAACCGCUCGCGCCCCGUCUUCGCCGACUGGCACUCUGCCGCCCUCAAGCUGCACAACUCUGCCAACCCGCCGUCCGCCCUGCUCCAGACCGCGCUCAACCGCGCCCGCUCCUGCGCCGACCCCGCCGUCGAGUGCCACCCGCGCGACAUCUCCAUCGCUCGCGACUGCUCCGCAAUCCCCUCCGCGUCCUGCCUCUUCCACAGGGACCCCUCGUUCCUCUCCUCCUUCCUCAUCGCCGCCGCCGCCCUCGUCACCCUCCACCACUUGCUCGACGCUGUCUCCGGCUUCGUCCCGCGCCGCCGCCUCACCACGCUGCGCCUGCUCCUCGCCGCCGAAUGGGGGCAGGCCCGCUAUGACGUCUUGGCACUCGUCGCGCUCGCGUUGUUCGCGUUCGCGCUGCUCGCCGGCCUUCCGCACUGGCCGGAUAUCGUCGCCACGCUGGGACGUCCGCUUUCGGUUAGCGUCAAGCAUCGCUUGCAGAACGUGCAAAUUGAGGACCCCAUGGACGUUUUUGCUGGCGCGGCCAGCUUGCGCGGCCGGUGGGAUGGGUAUGCGUACGUGAUGGCGGAUGGCACAAACUGGGUUAGAAUUAGCGGGCCCGGAGCCGCAAUGGUGGUUUUGUUGACGGCGGGCGCCAUGCGAAUGAGAGAGGCCGUUGGUCAGGGCUUGCUGGUCAGGUGUAUUACUUUUGUCUUAGGGGUGCGGGUGCUAUGCUUCCUCAUCAAGACCGUUGGGAAGGCGAGUGAACGUAGAAAGGAUGAAGAUGAGGAGUAUGCUACGAGGCUUGAGGCCUCCCUGUUCAGGAGAAAGCAACGAAGCAGGAGCUUUUUGUCAUCGAGAGAGCUAGAGGUGGGACAGGCGUCUGAGGAGAAGAGCAUGCGCCGGUGAUCUAACGCUUCGGUCCUAUGAGGGAACAUGCGCUUUGCAUGCAAUAUACAAAGCGCAUACAUAUCCACUCAAAGUGAGGUAUCUCGUGAAUUGACUCACAUGGGAUCUUGUGGGUCAAUAUUUGAGUUGCUCACCCAAUACUCCCGAGGGCCGGGAAUACCAAUUCGAAUCAGCCAUUGAUGCGCAUGGUCAUUCUAUUUCAGUGCGUGUUUGAUGACACCACUGGAAACAGACUGCACUCGACCAGAGGGAUAAAAGACUGGCAAGCAGCAUGUCACGGUGGUUUUGCGGUGGAGGACGGACGUAAUACGAGAAGAGCGGAACGUGCCUGAUCUCAAUGCAUCCAGCGUUGGGGGGCCAUCCUAUUAGACGCACGUCGAUUACCCACUGAAUUCGGCGCGAUAACUAUUUCUAAUCUAUUAUUAAUACAGUGGUCUUUUGGUAA